CCAGAGCCCACCCUGCCAUUCUAGCCCGGCUGCAGACGCCUACAAAGAGGCUACUGGCCACCGUCUACAUACCAGCCAGCCCGCCGCAUGCGACGGUCUUCGCCAAGCUAUUGUGCAUAGUGCGCGCCAAUUGUUUUCCAUCCACGCUUCGUCUCCAGUACCUUUUCACUUUUGCACACCUCGGAUUUUUUGCUUUCUUGUUUUGCCUCUAGUCUUUCCAACUGCAAAGAAAUCAAGACAAAAGUUGGCGAUCGCAUUCGAGACGAAAAUUUGUUGCCCGUCCAGGUGUCGUCGUCAUGAAGUUCGGAGAACAGCUGCGCUCCAGCGUCAUUCGCGAGUACCAAUGGUACUACAUCGACUAUAAUGGUCUGAAGGGGGAGCUGAAGAACUCUACCGGCCCCAUCGGCGAGACUGGCGGCAAGCAAUGGACCGAAGAUGAUGAAACUCGCUUCGUGGGCCGCCUUGAGGCUGAGCUGGAAAAGGUGCAUACUAAGCAGCAGGUAAAAGCCAUGGAAAUUGCUCGCCGUAUCGCUGUCAGCGAGCGAGAAGUCAAGGACGUUGUAAAUCGUCUGAACGAGCGUGGGCUUGGCGAUGAAGGUCCAAGCGAGGAGGAGUUUAUCCUUCUGGAGGAGGACCUUAGCGACAUUAUUGCCGACGUCCAUGACCUUGCCAAGUUUGUCCAGCUCAAUUAUACUGGCUUUUACAAGAUAAUCAAGAAACACGAUAAAAUGACCGGAUGGUAUCUCCGCCCUGCUUUCGAAACGAGACUCAAGGCCAAGCCCUUUUACAAAGAAAAUUACGACAGCUCUGUCAUCAACUUGUCCAAGCUUUACGAUCUUGUACGCACUCGUGGUAACCCAGUCAAAGGCGACAGUGCUGCUGGCGGUAGCCAAGCUAGCUUCGUCCGUCAGACUACCAAGUACUGGGUCCAUCCUGACAAUGUCACUGAGCUUAAGCUCAUCAUCCUGAAGCACUUGCCUGUCCUUGUAUUUAAUGCGGGCAAGGAGUUCGAUCCUCAGGAUUCCGCCAUUACAUCUAUUUACUACGACAACCCCGACCAGUGGGAUCUGUAUGAGGGCCGCUUGAAGAAGACAGAAGGCGCGGAGGCUAUCCGUCUUCGCUGGUACGGCGGUAUGCAGAGCGAGACUAUUUUUGUUGAGCGGAAGACUCACCGUGAAGAUUGGACCGGUGAAAAAUCUGUCAAGGCUCGUUUUGCUAUGAAAGAGAAGAAUGUCAACAGCUAUCUCAAGGGCGAGCUUCUGCCCGCCGCCAUCUUCGAAAAAGCUCGCAAAGAAGGCAAGAAAUCAGAAAAGGCUAUUGCCGAAGAUGAGCGACUUGCUUCGGAGAUUCAGUACUCUGUCUUGAAAAAGGGCUACAAACCUGUCUGCCGAUCCUUCUACAACCGAACAGCUUUCCAGCUCCCAGCUGAUGCCCGUGUCCGAAUUUCUCUUGAUACCGAGCUUACCAUGGUCCGCGAAGAUAACUUGGACGGACGUAAGCGUACCGGAGACAACUGGCGCCGUAUGGAUAUUGGUAUCGACUAUCCUUUCUCACAACUUCCCAGUGAAGAUAUUGUACGCUUCCCUUAUGCUGUUCUGGAAGUAAAGCUUCAGACGCAGAUGGGACAGGAGCCUCCUGAGUGGGUACGCCAGCUCAUCUCUUCCCACCUCGUAGAGGCUGUCCCCAAGUUCUCCAAGUUUAUACACGGCACUGCUGUUCUGUUUCCUAGCCGUAUCAACUUGCUCCCUUUCUGGAUGCCCCAGAUGGAUAUUGAUAUUCGCAAGCCUGCUACCCAUGACUUUGGUAUCCAGAGACCUGGGCUUUCGGGGACUAACACGUCCGACGACGACGACGAAGAUUUUGAUUCGGACGAUGAUAUUGCUCCUCCUACUCGCGCAGGUCGUAAUGGCGAGCCAAGCAACCCCAGACGUGCCAUCGCUGCUGACACUGAAGGCCAAACCACCGAUGGGCCAAAUGCCAAUGAAGACUAUCCUAUUUACGACUCUGAUGACGAAUACGAUGCAAACUACGAGCUUGAGGAAGCCCGAAGAAUUGGUGGCUGGCAUUACUACGCUGCCCUCUUCUCUGCUAAGACUCAUGCUUUGGGCAACGGCAUCGCUUCCGUUGCCAGCAAGGUUAUUCCCACCUCCCAAGGAACCCCAGUACCUCGCAGUGAGAGAAACAACCGCCUCUUUGGUGACGGUGAGAUUGUCUCCAAGGCUUUCAAGGCCCCACCAGGCAAGAAGAUUUACGUCCCUGUUCGCGUCGAGCCCAAGGUUUUCUUUGCUGCGGAGAGAACUUUCCUCGGCUGGCUCGAGUAUUCUGUCUACAUUGGCACCAUUGCAAUGACACUAUUAAACUUCCGCGACCACCCUACGCCUGCAUCCUUCUGGGUCUCCGGAGUCUUCACUCUUCUUGCACUCCUGAGCUUGAUGUACUCUCUUGGCACCUACUUAUACCGCGGUGAUGCUAUUCGCAACCGUAGAGCUGCAAAGUACUUUGAUAAAUGGGGUCCCACGAGUCUCUGUCUCUCUUUGUUCGUUGCAGUUGCGAUCAACUUCGCCUUUGAAGGACGCGAGCGAACGUAUUGGUAAAUUAUGCCAUAGUUUUAAUUCAACAAGGCGAAACUUAUAUUGUAUUUAGCAUUUAUCUUCCAUGGAAUUUACAUUUUGGAUGGUCGCCUUGAUUGCUGGGCUUGUUGUAAUCCACUGUCCAUUUUCUCUAACAGCAAUAGAAAGUACCAAAUAUUCAUUACUUAAUAUUUUCAGUUUAUAUAAGGGCUCCAGGUAAACUACCCUUCAGCAGUUGAUCAAACAUUCUGUUAAACGCCUCAGUCUGUCCACUCUCUUAAUCAAUUCCCAUAAACAAAGUCAAUCAACCCACCCAACCUCGCCCAUGUGCUAACAAAAUUCGGUUCUCCUUGCGCCAUGUUCCGUGUUUAGAAUGUACAUUACACAAUAGCCGUAACUCUUCGAAUACUCCUUCUCGCACCAUCACCGCUGAUGGUGAUUGCAUUUUCGGAUUCGAGGGCUCUCAUGGCUUCGGUAAAGUCAGCUUGUUCAAUGGGGACGCUGGCGCUUUCGCUGAGCUUCCUUGACACAUCAGUCCAUCGAACAGUAUUGCCAGAUGCAGUCAGCUCGUCCAAAAGUCGGAGGGUGGCUUCCUUGAGCUCUGCCUUGCGCUUUCUAUCCAAAGCACUGGUUCCUUCGGUCAACAAACUCAUAUCAAUACGACCCUGCGAAUCGGUAGCAGCAGUCUUCAAGGCGCUUUGGAUAAGACGGUUAGCCUCGUGAACAUCAUCCUUGGUGACGACUUCAGACAAGCGCAUCUUUGCGUGAGCCUCAGAAAGUCGGAUCAUGCUCUCAAGCUGUCUUGUAGUGGCAGUGAUUCUCUUCUCAGCCGCGCGGACGUCUUGGCCCAGGGCGCGCAUUGCAACGUAGCAGUCAACCAACUCUUGAGCUGCCUCCCGGGAGAUAACGGGCUGGAUGUUGGAUUUGGCAUAUGAAAUGUACAUAGUAAGGAACUCGACAGGAAGGAUAUCAGUUGCAGAAGGUGCUGACUGGGGUUUGUCCUCCAGGUACAGGGAGAGCAAAUGCUUUGCUAGACGACGAUCUGCCGUUUCAUCGAAACGGUCGAGCAUCAGAUAGACAAGAUCAAAUCUAGAGAGCAGCGUAGGGGGAAGAUCAAUAUUCUGAGGGACGGAGAGAUUGGGGUUGUAGCGACUGCCGAUAGGAUUGGCCGAAGCCAGGAUGGAUGUUCUGGCAUUCAGAGUUGUGAUGAUACCAGCCUUGGCCACUGACACAGUCUGCUGUUCCAUGACUUCAUGAAGAACCGAGCGAGUUGCGUCGGACAUCUUGUCAAACUCAUCAAUGCAACAGACACCACCAUCAGAGAGCACCAGAGCACCAGAUUCGAGAACAAGCUGCUUAGUUUCCGGAUCACGGGUGACAUACGCCGUAAGACCAACUGCAGAUGAACCCUUGCCACUGGUGUAGAUACCACGAGGCGCGAUCUUGUGUACGUAUGAUAGAAGCUGCGACUUGGCAGUAGAAGGAUCGCCACAAAGCAGCACGUUAAUGUCGCCUCUGUACUUGGGGCUGCCUCCUUUUUGAAACGUCUUGUUGGUGCCGCCAAAGAGCUGCAGCAAAACACCCUUCUUAACAUCAUCCUGCUCGUAGAUUGAAGGUGCGAGAGAGCGCGAAAGCAAAUCAUAAAUAUCCUCACGCGCGGCAGUCUCCCUAAUCUUCUGCUCAUCUUCAGGACUGAUAACACGAGUUUCAUCCAACCCUUCAGCAGCUUCUGCGUCGACCAAGUCUUCGCCUUGUACACCAAGAGUAGUAGGAUCGGCUCCCAUCCUCUUCUUGUCGAUUUUUUGUACAUGAAGGACGUCCACGUAGGUUUUGUACACGCUCUUAAUAGCACGCUGACGAGGAUUCACACGAAUAGGACUGACACGGAAGAUACCUGUCAACUCUACACGGUCACCAGCCUUGCAGAAGUCAACAAGUUCGUUAUAGACGCAGACGGAGACAGAGUGAGGCGUUUGACCGGCAGGUACAGCAUCUGGUGUCUCUUGCAGCUUGAUAACUUGUUUAUCCUCGAAGGAACAGCGGUUGUGCACUAUUUGCAUCGAGUUCUUGGAAGCACAAAUUUGACGAGGGCACUCGGUUGGCUCACGGAUUUUGCCACGAUCGAGGCCAACAUUGAUAGAAUGGUGACAGACAUUGCAUCGGAAGAAAGAGUCCUUCAUAUCUGGGAUAAUCGGCGUCGUUCGGAUCACCAUACCCUUGAUGCAGAUUAAACGGUCCAUAUCUAUACACUGUUAGUUGUGCUUUCUUUGUAGCGAUUACAAAUAUGAGUGAAUACCUGAAGGGUUGAGAUCUCGAAGGUUAAUUGACUUAUCAAGACCAAAAGGUCGGACGAUGUAAACCGAACUGGCAAUCUGGUCUUCAAGUGAAGGUUGUGGUUCAUCUGCUGGGCGAGGUGUAGCCGCCUCAUCUGGUCUGUCCGAACUGGGAAAAGCAGGUUCGGAGCUCUGCGAUGCACCGUGGCCAGCACUACUCUGAGAUGGUUUGUUGGAAGCAGACUCGUUUCUGGCUAACUCGACCAUCAUAUCGUGGAUAGACUGAUCCAUCACAGGGACAAUUUCUUGUGGAUAUGCCUGCAUUUGGUACCACAGCUUGCGGGUUGGAGGGAACAACUUGAAAUCUGAGAGGUCGACGUUCAACCUCGUAGAGCCCAAUAGAAGCAUAUUUUCAAGAGCUUCCCAGUACGGCUUUGAUUCGGCUUCUGGGGAGGCCUUAAUUUCCUCAUCAGUCAUGCCAUCGCGAUACAUGCGGUACUUGAGCGUAAAAUUACGCAGAAAGUCCUUGAAAGCGGCGAACGUAUCGUCGAUAGAGACUGUUGUACCCCAAAUUAAGCUUUGGUCAUUGCCCGCUGCCGGGUCAGCAUCUGAGGUUUGUGUGUUGCGGUUGGGAAAAGAAGCAGCCUCGGAUCCGUCACGAACAACGCGGCCAGCGUCGUCGAGGAUAAUUCUUCGAGGGGCGCGCGGUGUCCUCAAAGCAUCUGGGUUGACAUCACCGCGCUGGUGGGAUGCGGAGCUUCGCGCUUCAGAUCCAAGAAACAAGCCACUGCUUUCGCUUCUUAACUCGGACUGUUGUCGUAAAGACCGACCAGGGCUGGAGCUAGGUUCGUAUCUGAUUGGUGAC